AUGGCCGGGCUAUGCGAGGUGUGUUCUUCGGAGCCCUCCAAGUAUCGGUGCCCAACCUGCGAGCUGAUGAGCUGUUCGCUGGUCUGUACACAGUCCCACAAGAUCUACUGUACCCCGAAAGGCCCCGGCCCCUCUCCUCGACCGUCCGAGCAGGCAACAACCCUCGGUGAUUCGCCUGCGCAGACGAGCGACCACCACCCACCCGUUACCCCAGCUGCUCUCGGCUCUUCCCAGGAGCUCCAGGCAGUUUUCGCCCAACACCCGGCGCUCCGAAGCCAGCUACUGGAUAUUUACAAGUCGACGCGUGAGGAGGCCUGGGUCGAACAGCCGCGCCGGCCUCUGGGGAGGGGGCGAGGAGGAGGAGGAGGAGGAGGAGGAGGAGGCUACCGUCCUUACAGAGGCCCAUGGUCAGCGGAGAAGGGAUUCAACCGAGGCCUGGGUAGGGUCCGCAAAUGGAGAGAACAGUGUGAGGGCGGCCUCGAGGUUGGGAAGACCGCAGAGGGAUUCAUGCGGUUCAUCGCCUUGGUUAAUAAGAAUGGAAGCUCGCAGGAACCAUGA